GUAAAACACAGGUAAUGACACGAAAUUGGAUAAUUUAAGACUUUGGAUUAUCUUUUUUAAGAUUUAUAUGAUAACGUAAUUAAAAGGUGGUAUGGCUACUACCGUAGGCAACAAAUUGUAUCUUCGCUAUAUGCUCCUACUUGGAAAAGGCGGGUUGCUUGUCCUCAGACGAAUGAUAGCAAGGGAAGUGGCAAGAAGUGGACAGACUUUGGAACAAAUACUUUUGAACAACAGACGUCGUUUUAACAGGCUUAUGCGUGAACAGCAAUUAAAGCUGUAUCCAACUGCUGCAACAGUGAAUGCCAACGUAGAAACAUGGGACAUAUCGCUUUUGUACCAUGUUUUGACAAAAUUGUUCAAGAAUAACCUUACCUUGCAAGAGAGAUCAUCUGUGAAUGUUCUGAAAACGUCUCGAGACGAAAUACAGGGACAUCCAGAUGAAAUGAGUAUGGAUGCAAAUGACUUUAGAGUAAACUUUGAUGAUAUGGACACUCAUCUGACACAGCUGACAUCUGGCCUUGGUCAAGAAACCGCUGAUGAAAUUCAGGCUGUGAUAGAAAGCUCGAAAUCAGAAAGUAUCGAUAUAACUUCGUCAAUUUUGAUACAAAAUGUUAAAGAUCUAAAUGAAUUCAAAACAAGUGUUAUCACUGAAUUGGAAAGAGAAUUUGGUAUUGUUCAUUCUCAAUUGUCGAAUAUAAAUAACCAGUUAAAGGAUAUCGGAGAUAUGAAUUCUCAGCAGACAGAACUACAAGGGGAAAAUUUCAACCUACUGACCAAUAUUUCAACCGUCCAAAGUCAUUUACAUGAAGAUGUACUUGAUGUUAAAAAUACUACAACUGAUACCAAUGCAACUCUGCAUUCAAUGGAAAAUAAUCUCAAAGAAAUUCUCACAGUUAUGAAAAUAAACGCAAAUACAGCAGCCAAUCAGGAGAAGAUAUCACAGUUACUAUAUGAUCAUGUUCAGGCAAUUCAAAGAGAAGACAGUGCCAUCAAAAAUGACGAAAUAAAAAGGAGAAUAGACAGCAUUGUUGAGAAAGAUCCAAACUGUAAAUACCAGUUAGUGGAAGCACUCAUACAAUUGUUAAAUGAUGUGAACCACAAUCCGGAAGCACAAGUUGGACAGGUAUCACGUGGUAGCGUCCGUUUAGCAAUAAGAUGUUCUUCAAUGGGAGGGCUUUUGAGACAUAUGGGGUAUAUGGAAAGUACGUUAUGCCGUCAACGUCUUGGAGAUAUAUCGAUGGCGGUCAGAAGUGUUCUUCAAAUUUCUUGUUCCAUAUCAUGGAUGAUAGAACCCGAUAGCCUGCUUGCGUUUCUGAAAUACUCAAUUCCUCACCACAAAGCAGAGACCGCUGUAGGUAAAGGAAAGGAAAUAUUUCUACCAGUUCACUAUACUUCAUUGAAAGGGUUGACACAUAUAUGGAAUUUGUUUCAAGAAGGAGCAAUAGCCAUUCAUAUGAAACGGAUAUCAACGAUACUUACAGAGAGUUUUGGCGAAGACGUAAAAGUGUCCAUAUCAAUUGAUUCUGAUCAGUUUAUGAAAGCUGUUUACGAAGCAAAUCCUGUGGCAGUCGGUGGAAAAGCUCCUACAGACUUAGAUUUAUCGGAGUUUCCAGCAAUGUUGACAUACAAACAUUUCUUUGACAUUGAUGAUACAAUGGCUGUUGAUGAAAAUGAAACACUGAUGAUAGCUAUUCAUACCGCAGUUGAUGCAUACUUUGCCAUGACUUGCAUUGCCAAGUGCUGCGAAGUGGCAUUUCUAUUUACGUUACUGAAUCUGGCGAUAAUGGCCAUGCAGAACUGGUUGCUGUUACUGCAAUACCUGUGUGAUCUUGAAGAGCAAGGAUACUUGGGACCGCUUUUGACAGAAACGGAGGAGGAAGAUGAGACAUAUGAAGAUAUAUCAAGUGACAGUGAAAGCGAGGAAGAUGACGAAUCUGACUAAAUAAGACCACUGUCACUGUGAGAAAAGAAGUACAGUCUGAAAGAAACAUAUUGAUAUAUUUUUGCUUUGAGGACAAACCUUUAACGCUGAAGUGCAUUUAGAAUAGAUUAUAUAUCUUCUGCCAAAAAGAACUUGCUUCUUAUGCAAAUCCGAUGUAUUUUCCACAGGUACUGAAAAUAGUGUUUUAUCGGACGCUGCAAGUGACAGUUUCUUUAUAUUUGUAAUUACGGUCCAUUGUAACGACGUUACGGUCACGUUGGCAUCAUUCACAGUGUACAUUUUAAGACAGUUUUGCACGUUCGGGUCAAACAAAUCUUCUGCAAAGUAGAAUUUUAUUAAACCCAUAUUUUUCAAAACUUCACGAUAUAAUUAGAGAAUUCAGCAAAUAGAAAAGGUAGGGUCGUAUGCUUCCUUUUUGCUAGACAUAUUUGAAAAAUUUGGACCUCUUGCAAGUUUUCAUAAUGGGAAUCUGUGGGAAUCACAAUUUUCUAAAACAUUUACGCGAAAAGAUUUUUACUACAAUUAACAUUUUAAUGAAACUUCUCACAGUUGUAAAUAAACAUAAUUAUAUAUAACAGUGUGAAAUUAAAUGUAAAGGUCAAUGUGCUUUUUAGGCAUUUACCCAUGAUUAAAUUGAUCCUUACGUUUCAAGCUGAUUUUAAGACAUGCUUUUGAAUUAUUUAACGUGUCGGGAGUUUUAAUAUCAUAUCUUAACACAAGACAGUAACAAUGCUAUUGUAGUUAAUUUAUUUACUGGUAGCCAUUAUUUCAUAAAGCCAUUUUCAUUUCCGUACGAUGAACCAAGGUUUUAUUCUAUGUUAUCCGGAUAAAUGACGUUACGCCAUCACUUCCGGUUUAUCAAACGUGCAAAACUACCUUAAGCUAGUAGCGGAGGUAAAAUGUUUGAAACAUUUAAUAGUACAUGAUUUGAUUUGUUAUGAAAUUUAGGCAUCGUUUGUUUGGGGUUUUGUUUGAUUUAUUGAUUUAUUUUGUUGGGUUUAACGUUGCACCGACACAAUUAUAGGUCAUAUGGCGACUUUCCAGCUUUGAUGGGCGAGGAAGACCCCAGGUGCCCCUCCGUGCAUUAUUUCAUCACGGGCGGGCACCCGUAUAGAACCAACGACCUUCCGUAAGCCAGUAAGACUCGAAUCCACAUCGAUUACGAGCAAGUGAUUUGAAGUCAGCGACCUCAAACACUUGGCCACGGAAGUCCCCUUUUUGUAUGAAUAUUAAAUUCUAUUAGCUUUGCAUGACAACUCAUUUUCUUUUUAGAAUUGUUACUAUGUACAGUCGUUGAUUGAUCUCUAUGUAUAACUUCUUAAGAUUAACAAAUGUUUAACUGUAUAAUUUAGUAGCCAAAGAUCACUUAUUUUCCUAAUAUGUGUAUAUAUGUUUACUAAGAUAUAAUCGUUAUUAUCUGGAAUUGUCUUUAUAAAAAAUACAUGUGUAAUCUUCAUAUAUAUAUGGAGGACAAUAAAUAAAUAGAUCUAAUAGCCUAAAAUGUGUGGUUCACUUUAAUCAUGGUCAUAUAUCUCAAACAUAAGCACACGGACCAAUACAUUUUAU